AAAAUGAAAAUGUGAAAGGUGAAGUUAAUGCCAACUGUGUGGUUAACCAAAUGCUUCAAUCACUCCUUUAAUGACUCUAUAAAUAUUACUAUCUUUGCACUUCUCUUCACCACAUAUACACACAUUUCCAAUUCCUAUCCUUAAUCCUUAAAUUCCAUUUACUUUUUGCCUUCUCAAAAAUCAUCAACAAAGAGAUUUUUAUUUUUAUUUUUAUUUUUUUUAUUUUGAAAAAUAGCAUGAUGUUUCCAAUGGUUCUUCUAAGGCUUGUAGAUUUGGUUUUGUACCAGCUACUAGCUAAUUCAUAUUAUAGAGCUGCAAGAAAAAUGAAAAGUUAUGGUUUUAAUUUAGCUUAUCUUUCAUCUAAACCACCUCAUCAACCUUGUUCAUUUCCUAGUAUAACAAAAUGUGAUUUACAAGGUAGAAUGUCACAAACACUUGUUUGUGACAUUCAUAGAGUCCUCUUGAAAUCUAAAUCCUUUUUUCCAUUUUUCAUGCUUAUUGCUUUUGAAGGUGGCAGCAUUUUUAGAGCUUUUUUGUUGCUUAUGUCUUGUCCUUUACUUAUGAUUUGUGAUUAUGAGUUUAAGCUAAAGAUUAUGACUUUUAUUACUUUUUGUGGUUUAAAAAUAAAGGACAUGGAAAAUGUUUCAAGGGCUGUUUUACCAAAGUUUUAUUUAGAGAAUCUUAAUGUUAAGGUUUAUGAGGUUUUGGCUUCAACAGGGUCUAAAGUUGUUAUCACAAGUAUUCCUAGAGUUAUGGUUGAAGGAUUCUUGAAGGAAUAUUUGAGUGUCGGUCAUGUUAUAGGGACAGAGUUACACACUGUUGGUUGCUACUUCACUGGUUUUCUCACUAGCUCUUGCUUAGUGGUUAAACAUAGAGCACUUAAAGAUUAUUUUGGUGAUAGAAAACCUGAUAUUGGAAUUGGAACUUCAAGUUUACAUGAUCAUCUUUUCAUAUCAUCUUGCAAGGAAGCUUAUGUGGUGAACAAUGAAGAUAACAAGAAUAGUACUCAAAACUCAAUCAUGCCAAGGGACAAAUAUCCAAAACCAAUCAUUUUUCAUGAUGGAAGAUUAGCAUUCUUGCCAACACCUUCAGCAACACUCUACAUGUUCAUGUGGUUACCAUUUGGAAUUUUUCUAGCAAUUUAUAGAAUCCUUCUUGGUAUUUUCCUGCCUUACAAAUUAGCACUUGAAUUAGGAGUUUUAAGUGGCAUAGAUCUAAACAUCAAAGGCACUGUCCCUAUCAAAACAGAGCAAAACAGAGGUGUUCUGUUUGUAUGCACACAUAGGACACUAUUAGAUCCUGUUUUCUUAAGUACAACAUUAUCUAAACCUUUAACCGCGGUAACAUAUAGUUUAAGCAAAGUUUCGGAGUUCAUAGCGCCGAUUAAGACAGUAAGAUUAACACGAAACAGAAAACAAGACGGCGAAACAAUGCAAAAGUUACUAAAAGAAGGUGAUUUAGUUGUUUGUCCUGAAGGAACAACUUGUAGGGAACCAUAUUUGUUAAGGUUUAGUUCAUUGUUUGCUGAGUUAGCUGAUGAGAUAGUACCUGUGGCAAUGAAUACUCAUGUCAGCAUGUUUUAUGGUACAACAGCAAGUGGAUUAAAGUGUUUGGAUCCUAUAUUUUUCUUGAUGAAUCCUAAACCUAGUUAUCAUAUUCAAAUUCUUGAGAAGGUACCUAAAGAACUUACAUGUGCUGGUGGAAAGUCAAGUGCUGAAGUGGCUAAUUAUAUUCAGAAACAGUUAGGUGAUGCUUUGGGAUUUCAGUGUACAAAUUUAACCAGGAGGGAUAAGUAUAUGAUGCUUGCAGGGAAUGAAGGGAUUGUUCAACAAGUUAUUUCCAAAAAAUGCUCUUGAUGAUUAUAUAGAUAUACUUUAUUUUAUUUUGGUUUCAAAAUUAAUUUGUGGUCUUGUUUGUUAAUGUUUAUUAUGACCAUUAUGAAUUAUAAUAUUAAGGAAAUGAAAGUGAUUUGCAUAUUCA